AUGGCUGGACCAGAUCAUUUUGGGCUCCGAGCCAGGGAGGAUGGGCUUUUGUGCUUCGAAUUUACAAAUUACAAUGCUAGAGGCACAGCGAAUAAAAGCGGAUCUUCGAUUCAAGGAUACGACGUCGUUGGCCAAUACUGGGUACUGAGACACGGGAAAAGCAUUCCUAAUGAAAAAGGUUUGAUCGUGUCAUCAAUGGAAAAUGGAAAGCUUGAGGAAUACAAGUUAGCUUCAGAAGGAAUCAAUCAAGCACAAUUGGCUGGAGAAUUAUUCCUAAAGGAACUCAAGGAAAAUGACAUUCCAUUAGAAAAUGUACGAAUUUGUUAUUCUCCAUUUUCAAGAACAACUCACACAGCCAAAGUGGUUGCUUCGGUUCUAAAUCUUUCCUUAGAAGGACCUCAAGCCAAGAUUUUUGAAGAUCUUCGAGAGCGUUACUUUGGUCCUUCAUUUGAACUUCAAUCUCAUGAGAAAUAUACAGAAAUAUGGGAUCUUGAUGAAAAAGAUCCAUUAAUGAAACCAGAAGAAGGUGGGGAAAGUGUUGCUGAUGUUGCUUCUAGACUCACAAAUGUUUUGCUACAGAUCGAGUCUCAAUUUCAAGGAUGUGCAAUCUUGAUAGUCAGCCAUGGUGAUCCGUUGCAAAUCUUGCAGACAAUAGUCAAUGCGGUUCGUGAACAAGUGGGACCCGAUGGUGGUGACUUGGCAGCACAGCUGGCGGCUGUUAAGGUUCGAUCGGUUCUAUCACAACACCGAAAGCACGCUUUGCUGACUGGACAACUAAGGGCAGUUGUGUAAAUUUUCACUUGGUGGUGACCAAGUUGCUGAAAAACCUUAGAAAAUCAUUUUAUUUGUUACUCAUGAAUCAUGAUUUGGAGCUUUCUUUAAUCUUCUAUUGGUUAUUUUUCUCUUAUAAUAUUGAAUUAUUCAUUUAAAUGUUUUUUUAUGUUAUUUUAAAUUUUUCGGGC